GGCCGAGUAGUAGUUGAGCCGUCGUCGAAAUCAGUGAUUAUUUGCAGUACGACAAAGCUAAAUUAUAAAAAUUGUUCUAAGUGCAAAAGAUAAGCAUUAAUCAAGGCAUAACACAGACAAUUCUCAAAAUAAUAAAUGUAAAAACAAUUUUUAAUGUUGAAGUUAUAAAAACAGCUUUUAGUUGAUUUCUAGAGAUUCUCAAGUUUAAUUCAAGAAAGAAAUGAAAUAAUUGACAUUCGAGUGAAUCGUAAAUUACAUUUUAACAUCGAUGUCAUUUCGUAUUUCCGGAAAAUUCGCUGUCAAACAUCAGUCGAACAUUUACCGUUGAAUGAUUCCAGAGGGCGCCCAGAACGGAAAUAAAUGUGUGUGCUUUUGAUAUUCUCUUUUUUUCGUUGAUUUAGUCUUAUGCCUCACGAAAAAACGUAUUAUGCCUAGGUCAAUAAAAUUAUAUUAGAGAAUAUUCUUUCGUUCGCUUGGGAAUGACUCGUGCGAUGUUACACCGCGAAUAAGUAUUUCAGUCCCCAACAUCUGUUGAUAAGAAUAUUUUUGGAACUUUUUUGGUUUAAUUUAUCAUUUUCGAGUGAAUAACGAGAAAUAAGAGGAAAAGUUGUACAGGAGCUGUGAAAAGUGGACAAGCAAAUUUUGUUAUUACCGAAUGACGUCAACGCUCUAGAACUGAGAUUAGAGCUAAUCAACAAGACACGAGAAGAAAACGUUUGUUCAUUCGUUUCGAUAAAGCGAACAGUGAAAUUCGUAAGAAGAUGGUUUAUUAUGCGAUGCCAUUGAUAAUGAAAUCGGAAAAUGGUGGUUCAUCACAGCAACAACAGCUUUGUAUGAAUACCAAUCAGGUGGUAGUUAGUGAAAGUAGUUACAAUGGUCCACUAACGUCACCACAACCGCAACAACCUCAGCUGAUAAGUCUGCAAAACACUGAUGUUAAUGGAUCAUCACCAUCACAGCAGAACAAUUAUACUUAUCAGCUGCUAACUUCAAAUGACCAUCAAGUGCAACAACAGCAUCACCAACAGCAGCAGCAUCAAAAUGGACUUGCGACAACUUCGAGUCAACGCACUCAAAAGCAAACAAAGUCGUUCAAAUGCGAACAAUGCAAUAUGACGUUUACUACGAAGAGCGCUCAUACCAGCCACACCAAAUCACAUGCAAAACAGCAAGUGUCGCAAAUUAAUGCCAAUAGCGGCAAUGUUAAUGGUAGUCAACAAAUGCAAUCGUCUGAUCCAUAUCAAUGUGACGUUUGCAAAAAGACUUUUGCUGUACCAGCGAGAUUGGUACGUCAUUACCGAACACACACUGGAGAACGUCCUUUUGAAUGUGAGUUUUGUCACAAGAUGUUUAGUGUAAAAGAGAACCUUCAAGUUCACCGGCGAAUUCAUACUAAAGAACGUCCAUAUAAAUGCGAUGUAUGCGGUCGGGCAUUCGAGCAUAGUGGAAAACUUCAUCGUCACAUGAGAAUUCAUACCGGCGAACGCCCCCAUAAAUGUAACAUUUGCAGUAAGACUUUUAUUCAAUCUGGUCAGUUAGUCAUUCAUCUACGGACGCAUACGGGCGAGAAGCCUUAUAAAUGCAAUUAUGAAGGAUGCGGCAAAGGAUUCACUUGCAGUAAACAACUCAAGGUGCAUUCACGUACGCAUACAGGCGAAAAACCUUAUCAUUGUGACAUUUGCUUCCGGGAUUUCGGCUAUAACCAUGUGCUGAAACUUCACCGUGUGCAACAUUACGGUUCAAAGUGCUAUAAAUGCACAAUCUGUGAUGAGACAUUCAAAAACAAGAAAGAAAUGGAAGCACACAUCAAAGGCCAUGCAAAUGAUAUUCCAGAUGAUGACAAUGUUGAAGAUAUGGCGAAUGAUCGGUCAUGUCAACAGCCACAAGAAACCAAACAUAGUAUUCUUUUAAACACUCCAUCAACAUCAUCACCAACAACACCAUCGCCAAACAACAUCACAAUGAAUCAUCCUGUGGUGACAAAAUAUGAGACUAACGAAAGUUCCAAUCAACAUUUGAUGAACUUUGCUGAACAAUUUUCAAUCAUGAAUUCAGUUACACCAGCACCAUCGACAUCAAUCACGACGGUCUAUCCAGACACACCCAAAGAUUCUGAAGCAAGUUCAGAACAAAACUCUGAUGGUGAUGAUGUCACUUACAUGAAUAUGUAUUCACGAUUCGAGCAAUCUGUCGUGAAUCAAUAUGGAAUGAGUUCAGGUGUAAAUUCAGCACUUCUCGCAGUUGCUUCUAUAACUGCUUCAGCCACUUUACAACCCGUUACACCUACCUCCAACAGUAACACUAGUAGUAACUUAUGCAAUAAUUUGAUCACCUUAAAGCCGAUCCAACAGACAUCAUCAGCAUCAUCUGUUCAGCAAGUUGGUUAUGAUUCAACUCAGAUAGGUUUAGGUCGAAGUAACAGCAAUGGAUAUUUUGUUGCUGCUAAUACAGUUCAGCAAUCAAACGAUUACAAACCAUCAAAUUUGGUUCGGUGUGUUGAAGCUGCACUUGAAUUGACACCACCACGAUCAUCUCCUGAAUCGCCAGAUCGCUCAUCAUCACCCGAUAGCGAUUCAUUGCUUAUGGCUGAUCGUGAUAACAACACACUGCCUCCACGUAAACGUAAAUUGUACUUCAAAGAUAACCAGCCCAAUGCUGCUACUCCGAAAUCCCAAGCUCGUAUGAGUUCGGUCAUUCAAUUCGCCAAGGCAUCAUAAUGAAAUUUAUUGUUUAACAGAAUGAAAUAUUCACAGCCCAGUAAGUUUAAUCCCAGACAGACAAUUUUUCUACAUAUUGACAUAAAUCAAUGAAAAAAUCUUCAACUUAUGAAUGAGGAUUUUGAAAGUCAUCAACUUGAAUACAUGUAAACAUGAUCACAAGAUUCUCAGGAAGAAAUAUUUACGAUGAAAGAGAAAACGUUUUAAAUAAAAUGAGGGAAGGAAGGAUGGAAAAAGAUUAUAACGUAACUACGUAACUGAUAACUGACUUGUGUGUCAGUGGAUAAACGAAGUAAACAUUAAUGAAGAUUGUCGAAGUUAAGCACAGAAGCAAGUUUUUCAUUUUUACAUUUAUGCAAAUUCUAUAGGAAAAAUGAAAGAGAAACCAUAGACAUAAUUGAACAAUAGAAAAUAUUUAUCGUUAUAUGUGAGAGAAAGGGAAAGAGGAAGGAAGAAAGAUAGAAGAAAUUUUUUUCUGCUUAUAUGUUGAAAGCUUUUAUGAAGAGAAACUUUGAGAGCUUUUAAAGGACUCUCAAAGCUUUUAAACUAAAUAUGCGAAAAGGAUUUGUUGAUGAUCUUCAAUGACAUUUCCAAAUCUUUUUCCUUAUCGCUUAUAUCACUUUAUCAACUGACAUUUAUAAGUUUGCUUGAGUCUGAUGAAGUGCAGAAAAGUUCCAAAAGUUUAGCAAUAAAACAAAACAAAGUUUCAUCGAAUCCUUGUGAAUCAUAUUUGAUGUUUUUCUUUUCCAUUGAAAUUCUGUAUGAAAAAUUUAAUAAUGAUGAGGAAAUAUGCAUGCAACAUAAUAAGAAGAAUUAUCUUGAGACUGUUUUUAAACAAGUAAAAAAAAGUAAUGAAUUAUGAAAAAAAAACUUUAUAUAACAAUAUACAAACUAAAUUAAAAUUAUUUACUAAACUUGUAGUAGAAUUUCGCAGAAUGAUUUAAGCUAAGACAGCUGAAACAUUCAUCCAAAAUUUCAAAGUCUGGACGGUUAUCUAUCUAAACAUUUCGCGAUGCGUUUAAUUUUCGUUGAAGAAAAUAUUUGACAUAAGAUUAAAGAAAAAAAAAAGAAAAAUGACGCAAUGAUACAAAAAUUCACAAUAUUAACGUAAAGUAUCUAAGUUAAUCAAUAAUAAUGAUAAGAUCAAUAUGAUCAUUUCUUUUGCACAUUUACACACACACAUAAACACAUACACACCCACUCACUGCCCUCAAACUUCUUUAGCGAAAACACUAAAUCGAAACUUUUAAGCUUUUUCCGUUUAAUGUUCUCAUUUCGAGAAAGUACCAAAAUGAAUUAAGCAUCAGAUGAAAAAAUUCAAAAAGAAAAAUAAAUGAAAGGGAGAAAUGAAAUAAUAUUGCCAUAAAAAGUCUGUUUAACACUAAGUUUCGUAAGUUAAUUAAACGUAUAACAUUAUCAUUAGAUCCAACAUGGAAAACUCAUAAGAAAGAGAAAAAAAAAAUUAAUUAAUCGUAAAAAGAAAAAAAAUUAUUCGUAAUCGUCGUAAAACAACAUCUUUGAUUAAGAAAAUAAUUCGUAGCAUUUAGUAAUUUUACAUUUUUCGAAAGACGAGAAAAAAGUAAUUGAUGGAAAACAAAAUUUAGGUUUCUAAAUAGACAAGAAGGUCCCUCAGCCUUCGAUGAAAAUAAAAGGACAAACCUUUUGCUUCUUUUCUAAUCAAACUUUAAAGAGAAAGAUUUUUCAUUUCGAUGUGUGAAAAGACUACGAUUAAGGCCAAAAAAGUCUGUUUAUGAUUAAAUGAUGAUGAGAAAAGAGUUUUUACUAAAAGAAACAUAAAUUCAAGCAUAAAUUAAUCAAUUUGCAUUUAGAUAAUUAGGAAUGAAUAUGAUCGGAACCAGUUUAAGUCAAACCUCUACUUACUUUAUAAAUAUCAACUUUUUAUACUUCCACGUUGAGCAAUUUUUGUUUGUUCUUCGUAUGAAUAUUUAAUUUAAUUUAACUAAUUUACUUUUGACACUUCUAGGAAGUUCAAAAAUUCACUAGAAGAAUGAAAAUUGUUUUCUCGUAGCUGUAAAACAGUAAAUCGUCUCAUGAAUUUAAAUGUUUUCUUCCACAUUUUGUUUUUUUUUUUGUUUUUAUCCUUCAAGGUCUCCUUGUCGCUUAUUUUUGUUUUAAUUUUUUUUAAAUUCUACUUACUUAUCUACAUAAAAUGUCUUGUUAUUUUGUUUCCUUUAAUUUCUAUAAGAAAUUUCAUGCACCCAAAAAAUAGAGAAAAUGAAAGGGAAAAAGAAAGGAAAAUUGUGAAAUAAAAAAUUGUGAAAAAAAUAAUAAAAAGAAAAAUUCAAAAAAUUAA